CCUUAAACGCAACCCCUCACCCACCCAUCACAACACGCGAAACCACCACCUCCACGCGACGCGAUACGAGUUGUUGCGCGGAGACGCCAAGGCAGGGAGCAGAGAGGAUCAAGAGCAACGAGAGAUCGAUCGAUUCAACAAGAGGGUCAAGAGCAGCGAGAGAUCGAUCGAUCGAUCGGAGCGGCCGCCAUUAGCGGCGGCAUAUACAUACGUACUACAUGGGGGUGCUGCGGAGCACGCAGAGCAUGGAGGCCGAGGUGGAGGAGAUGCGGGCCGCGCUGCUCCGCCACGGCGCGGGCGCCUGGAGGUCGGGGGCCGCGGCGAAGCGGGCCGCCGGGGCGGAGGAGGGGGCCGCGCCCGAGGCCCGCACCGUGUGCGUCACCGGCGGGAUAUCGUUCGUGGGGCUCGCCGUCGUCGACCGCCUCCUCCGGCACGGGUACAUCGUCCGGCUCGCCCUCGAGACGCAAGAGGACCUGGACAAGCUGCAAGAGAUGGAGAUGUUUGGUGAGAAUGGCAGCGACGGAGUCUGGACCGUGAUGGCAAAUGUAAUGGACCAAGAUAGCUUGAACCGAGCAUUCAAUGGUUGUGUUGGCGUCUUCCACACAUCAUCCCUCGUCGAUCCAGGGGGUAUCUCUGGCUACACGAAACACAUGGCGAUUCUGGAAGCCAGAGCGGCGGAGCAGGUGGUCGAAGCCUGCGUCAGGACAGAGUCAGUGAGGAAGUGUGUUUUCACCUCGUCGCUACUGGCAUGUGUGUGGAGGCAAAGCUACCCUCAUCACCGUCGCUUUCCCACCAUCAUCGACGAGAGCUGUUGGAGCGACGAGAGCUUCUGCCGCGAAAACAAGCUGUGGUUUGCUCUGGGUAAGACGAUGGCGGAGAAGGCGGCGUGGAGGGCAGCACGGGGCAGAGACCUGAAGCUCGUGACGAUAUGCCCGGCGCUGGUCACCGGCCCGGGAUUCCGCCGGCGAAACUCUACUCCGUCCAUCGCCUACCUCAAAGGAGCGCACGCGAUGCUGGCGGAGGGCCUGCUGGCGACGGCGGACGUGGAGAGGGUAGCCGAGGCGCACGUCCGCGUCUAUGAGGCGAUGAGCGGCGCCGGCGGCGGGGCCGGCGGGCGGUACAUCUGCUACGACCACGUCGUCCGGAGCGGCGAGGAGUUCGCGGAGCUGCGGCGGCAACUGGGCCUCCCGAUCUCGCGGCGCGGCUUCUCCGACGGCGGCGGCGACGGCGACGCCCGGUUCGCGCUCUGCAACGGGAAGCUGGCGAGGCUGGUGUCCUCGCGGAGGAGGUGCACCUAUGACGUGUACUACCCCGCCUCAUACGACUAAAGAAAAGGUGUCGAGUUCGCGGGUGUUGCGAUUAACCUUGUAUAGAUUUUUGGUGCGUUAAUAAAGCUAGCUAGAUAAAAUAUUGUACAGUAAAAAACAUAAAGAAAUAGAUAGGAGUAGGGUCGCAAUGAGCAAACGCCCCACUGCCCGAAACAUCACCGGAGAAAGAUAGUGAUCGGAAAUGCGAAAUACGGAAAAAAAUACAAGGUGGAAACUCAAUCUAGCUGAAAGCUCGUGCAGACAACAACAACAAAAAACUAUCUAAAAUCAUAUAAAAAUUCCAUAUAUAGAUAAUAUGAU